AUUUGCAAAUGUGAUAGAGAAUGAAUUUUAUUAAUUAUAACUAAAGUUGGUUUUUGGUAAACUUGGGUUGUUUUAAAAAAAAAUGUUACUUUAGAAUGACAGAUUUAGAACUUCAAGAAGAAGAAAGAGAAGCCCUAUUAUCCAUUUAUGAUGGAGAUUCAUCAUUCAACCAACUUAGUCCAACAACUUUUCAAUACAAGUUUGGAGUUUCAGAUGAUCCAAAGUCUUUUUUGUUGGAGAUCAAAUGGGGUGAACAUUACCCAUCGGAGCCUCCUCAAAUUAAUAUGGAUACAUUCUACAAUAAACAUAUAACCAAUUCAUUAAAAAAUAAAAUUAUCAAGCUAGUUUCGGAUGAAUCGCAAGAAUUCUUAGGCAUGUCAAUGACUUAUUCCUUAUUUGAAUUGGUAAAGGAAAGGUUUGAUGACCUAAUAAAAGAGCAACCAGAUGAAGAACCUACAACUGUAGAAGAUAACAUACAUAAACUAAGCUUGUCAGAGCCUCUUGAGGAACAAAAAAAGAAACAACCAAAAAAGGAACAAUUGACAAAAGCACAGAAACGUAGGCAAUGGGAUAGAGUUACUGACAGAGGUGAAAAACCUAGAGGUUGGGAUUGGGUAGACAUUGUUAAACACUUAUCACAAACAGGUGCAAAAGAGGGAAAUGUAUCAGGAACCUCUUAAUACCUAUACUACAUUUUAUACUGCUUAUAUCAAAGUUAAUUUUUCUAAAACAAAAGUAUUGCUUCUAAUUAUAUCUCCAUAUUAAAUAAACUAGUUGAAAUGCCUAGAAAAUAUGUAUUGCACUUUUUUUGUACAUUUUUAAUAAAAAAUGAUAUAUGUACAUUUGUUAAAUACAUAAAAAAUUAAUGGUA